AUGGACACGGAUUGCGAGCGUAAGGCUUGCGGAGGCAGGGGCGGGGCGGCAUCGGCGAUUGGACCUAACAGCGCCAAUGCGCGCGCGCCACCCAGGUUGAAACGACGCCGCGCGGCGCGGCCCGCGGCCAGUACCCCCACGCCCAUAUGCAAAUUAAAUGUAAUCAAAAUAAUCAUUCGCAACAGCGAAGUGGCCGCAAUCCACCUCUCCCUC